UGAUGCGACCUGGAAGAAUUGAUAGAAUCAUCUAUGUGCCUUUACCGGAUGCAGCAACAAGAAGAGAAAUAUUUAACCUGCAGUUUCACUCUAUGCCAGUGAGUAAAGAGGUUGACCUGGAUGAACUCGUCCUCCAAACUGAUACAUAUUCAGGAGCAGAGAUUACAGCUGUAUGCAGAGAGGCAGCUCUGCUGGCUCUGGAAGAAGAUAUGCAAGCCAACUGCAUUAUGAAAAGACAUUUUACUCAAGCAUUGAGCACUGUCACGCCUAGAAUUCCAGACUCAUUGAGACGUUUUUAUGAAGAAUAUCAAGAGAAGAGUGGACUACAUACACUCUGAGGAAAUAUACAUAUUCAUUAUUCUAAAAAUUCUUUCUAGAGAAAAUUUGUUUCUUUUCUAAAUUUUGUCUUGAGAAUGUUAAAAAAAAAUCCUUAAUAGGCAGCGUGUCUGAAAUACAUUCACUGGAAUUGAGGGGGGUUAGUUCUAAUAGACAUUUUGAAUCUGUGAGUACAAUGAAAAUAUCUCUGGGCAUGAGUUCAAAUCAGUUUUAUCUGGAAAUAUGUGCUGAGUUUUAAAAAGCAAGUGUUUAGCUUCUUUGUUUUUGAUUUGGUUUAUUCAUUCUGUGAAAUGGUUUUCUUACUCUAGAAUCUUUUAUUGGCUUUCUAAAUUGCAAACCCAUGGACAUCAAUUUUAUACAAGAACACAAAAAAUGUAUAUGGAUAAAUUUGUGGUGAAAAAUAGUCACAAAUCUUUAUUUUUGAAGACCAGACAAUGAAGUGGCUAAAUGUGCCAGCCAGGCUUAUGUGGCCCUGUUUCCAAAUAUGUAUUUGUUUUCAUUAUUAUGUACACCUGCAUAUUCACUUUAGCCUUCUUAACCUGUACUUGUCGCAAAAAAGAAAAAAAGAAUUCAGAGUUAUUUCAUAUAAUACGAUGCCCUUUGAAAGUUUUAAAAAUUGCAAGUAUAAACCCAGUUCAAGCCUAGAGCAAUAAGCUUGGUUUUUUCAUAAAAUGUUAUAAAUAAAUCAUAUGAAGUGUU